AUGGAGGCCUAGAGAGACAAAACGGACACAGAAUAUGAGAAUCACAAAGAGACAGCUUUCACACAAACUCUAGCCAACAACACUCUAACCCAAUAACAAUAAAAUUUUGUUUUCCCUUGAAAAGUUCGUAAAACAAGCCAAACAAGAACCCCAACUUCUCUCUUAGAUCCGCGCCUUUGCAAAAGGGCUUUGUCCUGUAAUGAAGGAGCUGAUUGUGGGAUACGUGAAGGCUUCUGGGUCGUCCUUGUUUUGCUGUCUAAUGGGGUCCCUUUGGUGAAUCACCUCAUUUCUUGGGUGGUUUUGAUAGGCGGCUUGUUUGUAAAUUUGUAAAGCUAGGGCUUUUCUAUUCUUUAUUGGCUGGUGUAUGCUUAUGACGCAAUCGGGUAGGUCCGGAUCCGCGAGGCCGAUAACCCACCUGGAUCAUUCUUUGUCAGCCUCCGAUACGAGAGGAAAACAUCUGAUACAGGCUGAAAUUAAACGUCUCGAACAGGAAGCUAGAUUCUUAGAGGAGGAGCUGGAACAGCUUGAGAAAAUGGAGAGCGCCUCAUCUUCAUGCAAGGAAACGCUGAGCAACGUGGAACCAAGACCUGAUCCUUUGCUUCCAAUGACAAAUGGCCCAAUAAAUCCAUUUUGGGAUCGAUGGUUUGAGGGCCCUCAAGAUUCAAAAGGUUGCAGAUGCUGGAUAUUCUGAUGGUCAUUGCUAAUCUCAGGAAUUAACUCACAUAAUGAGAUACUGGCAGAGGCUUCACAGUCUUGGAACAAAGUUUUAUUGUGAUUCGUUUCAUACAGCUAGAGGAUACCGUGUCAUUAGCAAAUGUUACUUGGAAUGCUUCACUGUGCAUACUGGGACUUUGUAGCAAAAAAAUUCCUUGUCAAAUGAUUCAUGAAAUGCUUAAUGGUACAGAUAUCAAUUGUAA